UUACAUUUCGAGUAUUAAUUUUCAAUUUAACGAAGUCAAUUAUAUUUCACAAUAAAUAUGAAAUAAGGUUUACAGUGAAUAUAUACUUUGUAUUUUGUGAUAAUCUAACCUUAAUAGAAAUGUAAUUAUUUAUAAACACAUUUAUAUUUAUUAUAAUGUGGCAUAAUCCGAAGUCGUUUUGUACUAAAUAUGUAACAAAAUGGAGCAACUUUGUUUUUUAUAAUCGUCAACGGGUAAAACACAGCAGUACAAAAUCUACUUUAGUAUCAAACGAAGAUGUUGAUGAUCCACUUCCUAAAGAUGCAAAAGUCAUUAUUUGUGGAGGUGGAGCUAUGGGUGGUGCUGUUGCUUAUCAUCUUUCGCUUAUGGGACUAGGUCCUCGAACAAUUAUUAUAGAAAGCGGCAGAAUAGGAGGUGGUACAACAUGGCAUUCUUCAGGAUUAGUUGGAGCGUUUAAACCAAGUUUUUCACAAGUCAAACUUGCACAGGAUAGUAUAGCAUUGUAUAGAGAACUGGAACAAAAAGGUUUAUCAACAGGCUGGAAACAGUGUGGAAGUCUAUCCAUAGCACGCACGAGAGAUCGUAUGACAGUAUUUAGACGAAUGAAAGCACAGUCUAUAUCAUGUAAUAUUGAAUGUCAUUUGGUUACACCAAAAGAAGUACAGGAAAUAUGUCCAUUAUUACGAGUGGAUGAUUUAGUCGGUGGAUUAUGGAUACCAGAUGAUGGUGUAGGAGAUCCAUAUCAGAUUUGCUUAACAUUAAUAGGAGAGGCAAAAAAAAAAGGUGUUAAAGUAUUUGAAAACUGCAAAGUUACAAAAGUUCUUACUCAAAAUGGUAGAAUUGAGGCUGUAGAAACAACGCGCGGCACUGUUCAAUGUGAACAUUUUGUUAAUUGCGCUGGAUUUUGGGCACGUAAUGUAGGUAAAUUAAGCGAGCCGUAUGUAAAGGUGCCCCUUCAUCCUGUAGAACACUAUUAUUUACACACAAAAGCUAUUGCUGGAUUAGAUCCCAUGACUCCUGUUGUAAGAGAUUUAGAUGGGUAUAUUUAUUUUCGAGAAAAUAAUGGUAGGCUUUUGGCUGGAGGUUUUGAGCCUAUUGCAAAACCAGCAUUCGAAGAUGGAAUAAUACCUGAGUGUACGGAUGAAAGAUUUUUACCGGAAGAUUGGGACCACUUUCACAUUUUACUUGAACAAAUGUUACAUAGAAUUCCGGAUUUAGGAAAUGCAAUUUUGGAAAGAUUAUGCAAUGGCCCUGAAGCAUUUUCUCCGGACUGUAAAUGGAUAGUCGGUGAAGCGCCAGAAAUACGUAAUUAUUACAUUGCCGCUGGUAUGAAAACGGUGGGUAUAUCGGCAGCUGGUGGCGUUGGUCGAGCCACUGCAGAAUUAAUAGUCAAUGGUUCGACGUCUGUAGAUAUGUACGAAUUAGAUGUAUCGCGUUUCUUAGGCCUUCACAACAAUCGCAAGUUUUUACGCGAUCGAGUAAAAGAAGUUCCCGGGAUGCAUUAUGGAUUGCAAUAUCCACAUCACGAAUUUAAAACAGGUAGAAAUUUGAGAAUGUCUCCAAUUUAUCCAAAACUUCGAGAAGCAGGUGCUAUUUUUGGCCAGGUAAUGGGAUAUGAGCGACCAACCUGGUUUGAUUUAAAUGAGGAAAUCGAUUUGGAAACGAUUGAUGGAUUCCAAAGAUAUAAGAUAGCAUAUACAAAUUCAUUUAGCAAACCGCCAUGGUUUGAAUCAGUCUCGAAAGAAUAUGCUGUGUGCCGUGAAAGAAUUGGGCUUAGCGAUUAUUCUUCUUUCACUAAAAUUGAUUUGUGGUCAAAUGAUUUGGAAGUAGUAGACCUGUUACAAUACUUGUGUUCAAACGAUGUAGAUGUUCCGGUGGGAAGUAUUAUCCACACAGGUAUGCAAAAUCAUCGUGGAGGCUAUGAAAAUGACUGCAGUUUAGCCCGCAUAGCACCUAAUCAUUACAUGAUGAUCGCUCCGACUAUACAACAAACUCGCUGUAAACAUUGGAUCAAUCGUCAUUUGCCUGCUGAUGGCUCAGUUGCAGUAUCUGAUGUGACAUCUGCAUAUACAGCAAUCUGCAUAAUGGGCCCUGCAACAAGGCAACUAUUGUCAGAAUUAACAGACACAGAUCUUAAUCCUAAAAACUUCCCAUUUUUUACGUUUAAGGAAUUAGACGUCGGACUUGCAAAUGGAAUACGCACAAUGAAUCUAACUCAUACUGGAGAACUUGGGUAUGUUUUAUAUAUUCCGAACGAAUUUGCAUUACAUGUUUAUACAAGAUUGAUAGAUGCUGGUGCUAAGUACGGAAUAAAACAUGCUGGUUAUUAUGCAACACGAGCGUUGCGAGUAGAAAAGUUUUACGCUUUCUGGGGCCAAGAUUUAGAUACUUUUACUACACCUUUAGAGUGUGGAAGAUCCUGGAGAGUAAAACUUGAUAAAGAAAUGAAUUUUAUUGGAAAAGAAGCGCUCUUGAAACAACGCGAAGAAGGUGUAAAAAGGAAGUAUGUACAGUUAUUAUUAAACGAUCAUGAUCUUGAAUUGGACACAUGGUGUUGGGGUAAUGAACCCAUCUUUAGAAACGGAGAAUAUUGUGGAAUGACAACUACCACUGGUUACGGAUUCACGUUUAAGAAACAGGUUUGCCUUGGAUUUAUACAAAACUUCGAUUCGCAAGGGCAACGACAAGAAGUGACAAACGAAUACGUAUUAUCGGGAGAUUAUGAAGUAGAUGUAGCAGGUAUAAAGUAUCCUGCAAAAUGUCACUUACAUAGCCCUAAUUUACCAACCAAAUUCCCUGAUAAAGAAAGGGACUCCUAUCAUGCAACGCGUGAUCAUUACCUUGUGCGACUCUGACAAUAUAAAUUUUGAAUUAUGUACAA